AUGAACGAAUCUCCAAACACCAUUCCUCCCCUAUUCAGAUGCCCCAUAAGUUUAGACUUGUUGGAAGAUCCUGUAACCUUGUGCACAGGCCAAACCUAUGACAGGUCAAACAUAGAAAAAUGGCUUGCUGCUGGUAACCUCACAUGUCCAGUCACAAUGCAAAAGCUUCACGAUCCAUCCAUUGUUCCCAACCACACUCUUCGCCACUUGAUCGAUCAGUGGCUUCAACUGGGUCCCCUGUUCGACCCUGCUAACCCUGAAACUUCAACUUUUGACUCCUUAGCUUCUCUCAAGCGCAACCUUGAAUCCCAUGAAAGCAGCUUAGAAAACAAGCUGCGAGCACUUAGGAAAAUCAGUCUCUUAUCUGAUGAGUAUUGCUCCUUUAACAAAUCAUGCUUCCUUCAAUUGAACUUCCUACCACUGCUUUUGAAACUAGUUUUUGGAACUCAAGUAUCAAUAAAUCACAUGAUCAACUUCAUAGAGCUAGCACUUUGUUGCAUUCAGAAAUUGCUGCCACUUGGUAGUUUGGAGCCUCUAAAUGUGAUCAAAGAUGGGUCUAAAUUAGCCACGUUUGUGCUACUAUUUGAGAAGGGGACUAACUCGGUUAAGACUGGCUUGUGCUGUAUUAUAGACUCGGCAUCUUCGUCAUCUGAGACAGUGGAUCUAUGUUAUACUCUUGGAAACACUCACAAACUAGUGCACGAGAUUGUUCAAGUUGUUAACCAAAAUUACGAAGUUUCUGGGGAUGCAAUUAAAGCCAUGUCAGCACUAUGUUCAUUGCAAUCCAACAGAGGGAGUUUGGUGAGAGGAGGAGCAAUAGAUGGUAUCAUGAGAUACAUCUCAUCAGAAAGAAGAAACAUGACCCCACUUGCAGUGAGAAUAGUUGAGAAACUUAUGGGGCUGGAAAGUGCUAAAGUGGCAUUGGUGAAUCACCCUAAUGGUGUUCAAACUUUGGUUAAUAUGGUUUUCAGGGUAUCAGAUCAAGAAUGCAGCGAGAGUGCUGUGGAGGUGCUUUUAGUUGUUUGUGGUGAAUUUGAGCGUGCAAAAGACAAAGCCAUGGAAAGUGGAGUUUUGACUCGGUUGCUAUUGCUCCUGCAGAGUCAGUGUAGUAACACAACAAAAUCAAAGGCACGAAUGCUUCUCAAAUUGCUAAGAUCAGAGCCAAAGCAGCGUUAG